UGCGUUUGUGGUUUUGGAACUUACUUCUGGAUUACACACAGAGAUACCUUAUCAUCCCAGUCUUUCUCUCUCUCUCUCUCUCUCUCUCUGAAGAAUUUUUAUGAGAGACUGAGUAAUCUUUUUCUUUUCAUCUUCUUCUUUGUUUAUAUUUGUACGGCUUUUGUUUGAUUUUCCUUGGCUUGUAUGAAGAUCAUCUUGCUCAGUUGAAAGCUAGCUAGAUCUCAGCAACAUGUUCGUUUCCAAGAUCUACAAAUAAAAUUUAUCAUGAGUUUCAGAAUUUGUCGAGCUUAGAGUAGAAGAUGAUGAAAGGUUUUAUAUUCCACCAGCAACAACAGCAAGCUAUAGAAGAAAACAUGUCCAAUUUGACUUCUGCAUCUGGUGACCAAGCUAGUGUUUCUUCAGGAAAUCCUCAACAAUACUUUGCUUCACAACCACCAUCUCAAGUUCAACCAUCAGCUAAAAAGAAAAGAAACUUACCAGGCAACCCAGACCCAGAGGCAGAAGUGGUAGCUUUGUCACCCAAAACACUGAUGGCAACAAACAGAUUUGUGUGUGAGAUCUGCAACAAGGGAUUUCAAAGGGACCAGAAUCUUCAACUUCAUAGAAGAGGGCAUAAUUUACCAUGGAAAUUGAAGCAAAGAACAAACAAAGAAGUGAAGAAGAAGGUGUACGUAUGUCCAGAAGCAAGCUGUGUCCACCAUGAUCCUUCAAGAGCUCUUGGAGACUUAACAGGAAUAAAGAAACAUUUUUGCAGAAAACAUGGAGAGAAGAAGUGGAAAUGUGAAAAAUGUUCCAAGAAGUAUGCAGUUCAAUCAGAUUGGAAAGCUCACUCCAAGACUUGUGGCACUAGAGAGUACAGAUGUGACUGUGGAACCCUUUUCUCAAGGAGGGAUAGUUUCAUCACGCACAGAGCUUUCUGUGACGCUUUAGCUGAAGAAAGUGCAAGAGCAAUUACAGGGACAAAUAAUUCUGCACUUCUCUCUUCUCAACAUCAACCUGGCUCUAGUACUUCACAUCAUGUCAACCAAUUCGACCCACAAAACCUCCAUUCUUUUUCGCUUAAAAAAGAGCAACAAAGUUUUAGCCUAAGACAAGAAAUAAUACCACCAUGGCUUGCUGCCAAUGAUCAGCCAAUUUCUGGCCCACCAAUUACACAAGGGUUAGGUCUCUCUUCAGCAGCCUCAUCAAUCUUUAAUGCCCAUCAUCAACAACAAGAGUUUAUUCAUUCAAACCCUAAUCCUAGUCUUGGCCCCACACUUCAUCCAUACCAUCAAACAGUUGCAGCUCCAGCACCUCACAUGUCAGCAACUGCAUUGCUGCAAAAAGCUGCACAAAUGGGUGCAGCAAUAAGCAAUAACAAGGCUAGUACUUCUGCACCUUCAUCACAAUCUCAUGGCAGAUUAAUGAUCAGACCCCACCUCCAUCACCAACAACAACAACAAGAAGCUCACGUGUGUGCGGAUUCUGCAAAUAACAUUACAACAACAGCUGGUCUUGGUCACAAUUUGUCUUCACGUGAAGGUCUUGAAAGUAGUGGUGGCACCUCUUUUGUCCAUGGCUUAACACCCUUCGGGAAUAAAGUUGCAACUGCUCCUCCCACUGCACGAGGCUCAGGGAUUCUUAUUCAAGAAAUGAUGAAUUCCUUGUCUUCGGCCGCUUCAUUCGAUGAUGUAUUUAAAGCUGCCGGGCAUUUCAAUGAAACAAGUCAUAGUAGAAAUGAUGGCCACCAUCAUCAAACCAGAGAUUUCUUGGGGCUUCGACCGCUCCCUCAAUCUGAUAUUCUCAACAUUGCCGGUCUUGGAAAUUGCAUCAACACUUCCUCUUUUUCCUCUCAUGAGCAACAACAACAACAACACACUCAUCACUCUCAGAAACCAUGGCAAGAGCUUUGUCUUGUUGGUAAUGGAGAUGAAGAUAAAAAAGGGAAAGAGUGGUGGGCUACAAUGGCAAAAGAGAUCACAUGCUCCAAACCCACAUAAGUUAAUUUUUCUGAUGCAUUAUUUUUGAUGCAAUAUCGAUUGCUUUAUUUGUUUUUGUUGGGUGCUUUUUGUCUGGUGAUGGCAUCUAUGUAUAUCUAUCUCUCUCUCUCUAUAAGAGCUGGCCAUUAAAGGGCAAUUAAAGCUGAAUGUGUUUGGCUCGAAGGUCUCUCUGAAUAUGCUGUUUAAUUUGGAUUUACGUAUUUUGAUGGUGGGUGGAAGUGGCGCAUGGCUAAAAUCAAGUUGACUUGUCGCUGUAAAAGAUGCUCCUGCCUUUGUGUUAAUAAUAGUACUGUACCUUUUUCUUUGA